AUGUCAUUCUUUUUCAGCUGGAUUCUCCUCCCUCUCUCUCACUCUCUCCUCCGCUCCCCAUUAGUGGCUGGCUUUCCACAGCGCAGCAUCCCAUCCACUGUAGCUUCUCUCUCCGCGGGUGGGAGAGGGAGGAUCAGUGCCGGCGCGAGGUGUGAGCAUUAACCCAGGGACGAGAGCUUGAAGCCGGGGGUAUACGGGAGCGUGGGAUCACUGGCUCCUGCCGUGGACCGUAUGCAUCACUGGAUCUCUGUAGUGAGAUAAAGAGUUGCAAAGAGACCGAGGAAAGGAGUUUGACUGACAGACAGUGAGUGAGGAGGAGGCCAGAGCUGCAGGCAAACGAUACAGGCUUUUGGGAAGUGAGGGGGGAUUGUUUGGACGACUUGGAGCCAGGCGAGAGGCUUCUUCCCAGGGGGCUGCAGAUGCACGGACAAGCUCCUCUUUUUAUCCAGCAUUGGCUCAUUUGUUGAGGAGGGGAACCCCUGCUUCUCUAAGGAAAGGAAAGUGAAUACAGAAGAAGACAAAAAAUGACUGAAUGAGUUUCUGCAUUUUUACCCGAAACAGGAAAAUCUGCUGAACUUGGAUUUUAAGUUGGAUGCCUUUAUCUUCUUCUACCCUGCAACCUCCCUCUCCUCUGGGAUUAAUGUUGAAUAUUCUGCAGAUUCUCAGCAUUCAAGGUUUCUCAGGAGAAUUUUAAGCUUCCCCAUUGCAUUUCCUUUGAAUUCUUUAGUGAAAGCGACAUAUGAGUGGAUCUGCCUUGACUUUAAGUCUCCUCCUGUAAUGACAUCUGACAGUCAUCCAGACAAUUUUCUGUGUAUUUCUCCCGAAUCAACACUGACGAUUUUUUUUAAAUCACCCUGUAGACAAUUACAGUAGAGGCAUUAGCAUCAGCCUUUUGCCCUCCUCUUUUACGUCUUUCUUUUUUUCAUUUUUCUUCAUCUGUUGGUGAACGAGGGGAAACUUCCCCUAGCUGGCACCCUCCCUCCCGUGGAAAUGGCUUUCCUGGUUCGUUGCUAUGCCAACUGCUUGCAGCCAUGGUCCUCCAAACUUCCUGCUGACCUCAAUAAGAUGCAUCUGACAGACCACGCCCACCAGCAGGUGAUGCACAUGGCUCCCAGCCAAUCAGGAUGCAGCAUCGCCAGCGACUCGGGGAGCAGCAGCCUGUCAGAUAUAUAUCAGGCCACAGAGAGCGAGCUGGGAGACGUAGACCUCUCUGGACUGCCAGAGGCUGCGGUGGACAGCGAGGAAGAGGAGGAGGAAGAUGAGGACCUGGAGAGGGCUUCGGACACGCUUCUGGGCCGAGAUCUAGUCCGAGAGUGUCUGGAAAAAGAGCCAGCCGACCGCAACGAUGACGACAUUGAGCAACUGCUGGAGUUCAUGCACCAGCUGCCUGCCUUCGCCAACAUGACCAUGUCCGUGCGCAGGGACUUGUGCAGCGUCAUGGUGUUCGAGGUGGUGGAGCAGGCUGGCACAGUCGUACUGCAUGACAAACAAGAGCUGGACCUCUGGUAUGUUAUCCUGAACGGGGCGGUUGAGAUCAGCCACCCAGAUGGAAGAGUGGAGACUCUGUGUAUGGGCAACAGCUUCGGCAUCUCACCCUCACUCGACAAACAGUACAUGAACGGAGAAGUUCGCACCAAGGGGGAUGACUGUCAGUUCGUGUGCAUCGCCCAGGAGGACUACUGGCGCAUCCUCAACCACGUGGAGAAGAACAUGCACAAGGUGGAGGAGGAGGGGGAGAUCGUGAUGGUGAAGGAGCACCGCGAGCUUGACCGCAGCGGCACCAGGAAGGGACACAUCGUCAUCAAGGGAACCCCGGAGCGUCUGAUCAUGCACCUGGUGGAGGAGCCGUCGGUGGUGGACCCCACAUACAUUGAAGACUUCCUGCUGACCUACAGGACCUUCCUGUCAAGUCCCAUGGAGGUUGGCAAGAAACUGCUGGAAUGGUUCCAGGUGGACAGCCUCCGCGACACGGUAACGAGAAUAGUGCUGCUGUGGGUCAACAACCACUUCAAUGACUUUGAAGGUGACCCGGCCAUGACGCGCUUCCUGGAGGUUUUUGAAAAACAUCUAGAAACGACAAAAAUGAAGGGCCAUUUGCGGCUUCUGAACAUAGCGUGCGCAGCCAAGGCUAAGUGGCGACAGAUCACUCUGCAGAAGGCGUCCAGGGAGUCGACGCUCUACUUCAGCGUGCAGGGCGGCAGCGAGAGAGGAUUCGGCAUCUUCGUGGAGUCGGUGGAGGAAGGGAGCAAGGCUGCAGAGGCCGGACUCAAACGGGGAGAUCAGAUCAUGGAGAUCAAUGGUCAGAACUUUGAGAACAUCUCCUUCUCCAAAGCUGUUGACAUCCUCAGAAACAACACGCACCUCUCCCUCACGGUUAAAACCAAUAUAUUCGUCUUCAAAGAGCUCCUCAGCAGGAUUGUGCACGAGAAGAAAAACGGCGUCCCCCACAUUCCCAAGAUCCAGGAGAAAAAAGGCAAUCGCUUCUCCAUCCCUGACCUGCCCGGAGACAUGGAGUUCCCCACCGAUCACAAGAGCACCAGGAAAAUGAAGGCCAACACCGUGUCCGGAGGACGCAACAAGAUCAGGAAGAUGCUGGAGAAGACGCGCUUCAGCAUACUGCCACCCAAACCGUUCAGUGACGGCGGCAUUGGUCAGUCUCAGGACGACAGCAUUGUGGGAACAAAGCAGUGUCGUCACAGCGUGGCCAUCAUGCCCAUCCCUGGCAACCUGUCGUCCAGCAGCCCCGACCUGCUGCAGCCGGCCACCAGCAUCCUUGACUUCUCCAACCCUGCAGCGCUGGGACUGUACUACAUCCCUGACCAGGUGAUUCGGGUGUUCAAGGCCGACCAGCAGAGCUGCUACAUCAUCAUCAGUAAGGACACCACUGCCAAGGAUGUGGUCACCCACACCGUCAACGAGUUCGGCCUCGUCGCGGCGCCCGAAACCUACUCCCUGUGUGAGGUCUCGGUUAGUCCGGAGGGAGUCAUAAAGCAGCGGCGCCUGCCCGACCAGCUCUCCAAACUGGCUGAUCGGAUUCAGCUCAACGGCAGGUACUACCUGAAGAACAACAUGGAGACGGAGACGCUGUGCUCAGACGAGGACGCCCAGGACCUUCUCAGGGAGAGCCAGAUCUCUCUGCUGCAGCUCAGCACCAUGGAGGUGGCUGCCCAGCUCUCCAUGAGAGACUUUGAGCUCUUUAGGAACAUCGAGUCCACAGAGUACGUGGACGACUUAUUUAAACUGGACUCCUCCAUUGCCAGUGGCAAUCUGAAACAGUUUGAGGAGGUGAUAAACCAGGAGACCUUCUGGGUCGCCACGGAGAUCCUCAAGGAGCCCAACGCCCUGAAGAGGAUGAAGACCAUCAAGCACUUCAUCAAGAUCGCCCUGCACUGCAGAGAGUGCAAGAACUUCAACUCCAUGUUCGCUAUUAUCAGCGGUCUGAACCUGGCACCGGUGGCUCGGCUGAGGAGCUCAUGGGAGAAGUUGCCCAGCAAGUAUGAGAAGCUGUUCGGGGACCUGCAGGACGUCUUCGACCCAUCCAGGAACAUGGCCAAGUACCGCAACACCCUGAGCAGCCAGAGCAUGCAGCCUCCCAUCAUCCCACUGUUCCCAGUGGUCAAGAAGGACCUCACCUUUUUACAUGAAGGCAAUGACUCCAGUGUAGACGGUCUUGUGAACUUUGAGAAGCUGCGGAUGAUCGCCAAGGAGAUCAGACACGUGGUGCGGAUGACGUCAGCCAACAUGGACCCUGCCCUCAUGUUCAGACAGAGGAAGAAGAGGUGGAAGAGUUUAGGGUCUUUGAGCCAAGGCAGCACCAACUCCAACAUGCUGGACGUGCAGGGUGGCGCCCACAAGAAGCGAGUGCGCCGCAGCUCGCUGCUCAACGCCAAGAAGCUGUACGAGGACGCUCAGAUGGCCAGGAAGGUGAAGCAGUACCUGUCCAACUUGACGGUGGAGUCAGACGAGGAGAAACACCAGAUCAUGUCCCUGCAGUGUGAGCCGUCCUACAGCACCUUGUCUAAGAACUUGAGUGAGAGACGAUCCACCAAGUCGGACAUGUCUCCAGUGUCUCUGCGGUCGGCGUUGCCCUCGGGGAAAACACAGAACCGGGUGUCGCAAGUCCUCCAGGUCCAGGUCCCACUCAACCCUCUACGGAAAAAGAGCACCGCCAAGGACAUAGGCAUACCUAACUCCAACUCUCCCCAGGUGGUAAAGAAACCUCCGGUGAACUCAUCGGAGGAGUGGAGCACCAAGAGACCGUCUGAUGACACCGUCUCCACCAUCUCCUCCCUUCACUCCAGCCCCACAGUGUCGCCGCAGGGCUCUCCACGCAAAGUGGGAGGCGUGGCCAAGUCCCAUAACUCAAGCCAGAUGAACUUGUCGGGAUCUUCGUCAUCGCUGACCAGCGACGCCAGCACAAAGGCCGGCACUGCCAGCUUGCGCAGCAUAGGCUAUGCCCUGCUGCCGCCUUGUAAAGCAGACAACCUGUCGGACUCCAGCCACAGCGAGAUCUCCUCCCGCUCCAGCAUCUGCUCGGUUGACUCUGUGCCGGCUCCCGGGCCUGACGAUCGCUGCAACAGCAGCAACAGAACUCUUAGCAAUGUUUCUGCUGUAACUGCGACAACUACUACUACUGCUACAACGGCGGCUGCAGUUGUCGAGAGCACGGCGGCGACGCAUGCGCAGUUUAACGCUGAUUACAACCAGCCUAGCACAAGUUCUUCAUCGACGGCGCGGGGAUACGUGACGCGAGGCUCCACCUUCACCUCCUCCAUCUCCACAGAGGAGCUGACACCGGACCACACGUCUCUGGAUUCGGUGGCCGACAGCGGCCGCGGCAGCUGGACCUCCUGCUCCUCCAACUCCCACGACUCCUUCCAGAGCCUCCCUGCUUCCUCCUGCCGUCCCUGGGACCACGGCAUCCACGGGCACCCGCUCUCUCUCCCGCACACGCACCUGGGGGGCUACAAGCACACGCAGCUGGCCAGGCCCAUCGCGGAGGUGGAGGCCGCGAGUCACGCGUGGGCGAACGAGGGCGCCGCCGCUGCCAAGCAGCAGCACCCCAGAGAGUCCUGCUCGGAGCUGUCCAGUCAGUCCCGUCAGAGCUGGGCAUCGUCAAGCUCGCUGUCGGACACCUACGAGGGGAAUUACGGGACGAUAAAGCGGCGGAACACCUCCGAGCGCCCCUCCUCGCCCACCAACGAGGAGGGAGGGCAAAGCACAGACCCCGCCUACAAAACGGUGACGUCAAGCACAGAGAAAGGCCUGAUAGUGUAUUGUGUCACCUCCCCCGCCAAGGAUGAGCGUUACCGUGCUCCCCCUCCCACCCCUCCAGGCUACCAGGGUCUGGCUCUGGGGGACCUCGGCCUCACGGACGGAGUGGUGGUGGGUGGGCCAGGAUUGCUCCCCCCUAGGCCACCCCACCUCAAACCUCCCGACUACAGCGUGGCGCUACAGAGGAGUAAACUCCUGCAGAGCCCCGGAGCCGCCGGCAGCCUGGCUGAAGCACGGAGGCUGGCCAGCAACCACCAGAGCUACUCCAGACCGCCGAGCAUCUGCCUCCCACCACCGGAGCUGGCUGACAGCGAGGACGAUGAACAGGUGUCAGCGGUGUAAAGAUGGUGACGUCACGCUCUCUCACACACACACACACACACACACACACACACACACACACACACACAUUCUCACUCUCGGACAAGGUCGUGUUGAUCAGACUUUUGGACUAAAUCAGCAGCCUGAAUGUGAACACGUGUCAGAGCACAUUCAAUUCUCCAAGACCCGGCCCCCCCACAGACCCUGUUCGACGCCACCAUGGACAAUAAUGCACCUCUGGACCAGACUAGUGGGUCACAUAAUGUCUCCUCCCCCCCCCAAGGACUCGAACCGUCGUCUCUUUUUAAACCCAUUUAACAAAACAAAGAAGAAAAAGCAAGAUUUUAGAAAACUAUUUAAAACCCAUCAACUCUUGGACGUCACCACAGGGACAAAUGAAAAGGAGUGAGUGACAAUGACGAUGCCUCAGGAGAAGAAGUCGCCCUCUUUGGGAACAGACCACCACGUACCUCCUGUUUGCGCACUCAAAGUGUUUUCCCUUUUCCCAAAAGUUUCUUCUUCUUUUCAUUUGCAUCUCUGAGCUUUGCAACGUUUUUUUUUAUUUUUAUGAGAAGAGUGAGGAGGAGCAGACAAAGGGAUAGAGAGUUUUAGUCGGUGGUGCGAGUAGAACUAGACACAUUUGCUCGUUGGAAUUUAGUUUUUUGUUUUUUGCUGUUUUGGUUUGUCGUCAGCUCAAAAAGAAAAUGAAUGUAGAUGAACACACGACGAGAAAAAGAGCGGAUUUUGAGAUUAUUCUAUCGACGCCUGGUGCUGAUGAUGUAAAUUCACAUUAAUAGCAUCAGUUCAGAUGCACAACUAAACCGCUACAAAACCAACUUUAUUAUAAUCCCAAUACCAAUACUUGAGGUCAGGAAAGUCCUCAGCCAGAAACAGCCCCUCUACAUGCUCUCCACUUCCUCUUUGGGAGGUGGAGAAAAGUAAAAGACAAAUUAACAGAGAGCACGCCCGUUUGUGUUGAGCACUUAUUGUACUUUGUCGAGCUUUAUAGAAAAGAGAAGAAAAAAGACGAGCAGCAUCUCUCAGGCAGUCGAGUGUCUUUGUGCCGUGCUCUCUCUCUCUCUCUCUCUCUCUCUCUCCCCCCCCCCCUCUCUUAUCGCUCGUUCACCGUCUGACGCGAGGUACUUUAGCAGCAUGCCGCCUCCUGGAUGUUCUAUAAAAAUUGUUAUUGUUACUCCUUUUUUUAAAUGAGCUGAAGAACAAAUGCCUCGCUGCUUCCUGUGUAGAGUUAAAAUGCGUGCCGAUAUUUUUAUUGCCGAAGCUACGAUUAAAACGAUUAAUUAGCGCCACGCGACGUGCAUGCAUGUACAAUACGCGCACGCCAAAAAGUCUCAGCUGGUGUGCCAAAAGACAGUGGACAGUGUUUACGCCGACGCUCACACAUUUUGUUUACAGUGUUUUACUAGACUGGUCGUCUGUUGAAUUGCAAGCUGCAAUGUUUAAAGUCUAACCCUUCAGGUUUGUUUGACCUUGUACAUUUGUUUAUAAUUGCAGCAGGAUGUUGACCAUGUGCUCACAGUUUACCUCUCAUCUCGUUUUUUUUUUUGCUUCUUGCUUAAUAAUGUGUGUUAAGUCCCGGCUCGGGUCGCCAUUCCAUGUUCAUAGUCCAUUUUGUAGAAUAUUUGUAGAAUAUUUAAAGGAUGUGUUUGAAAAUUAGCUUGAGCUUGAAAAUAGUUUAUUUGUGUUUAAAAGUUUUUGGGAAAGGAAAAUGUUUUUUUUUUAUUAUUAUUUUUAUUUGUUUCUCAGCAGUGCAGCAGGGGGGAAACUGGAAGUCCACAUUUCUGUUCGGUCUCACGCUCUGUGACGCUGCUUUUUGUAUUUGUUUUGCCACAAGAAGACUUGAAAUGAUUAUUGCUAAUAUAUAAAUGGCAUACAUAUAUAUAUAUAUAUAUAUAUAUAUGAAUUUAUACAUAUAUAUUUUUCUUGGUUCUCUGCCAUAAAUUAAUGUUAACUGAUCAUGUAUAGAUGAGAGAAGAGAGUCCUCUAUAAAUGCUAUUUUUGAAUAGUUUGUUAUAACAGAUGAUCCCAGGCUGUGAUCGCCCUGCGUCUGUCUGUGGGCGGGAGUCUGACGAGAAACUUGCUUUUGUUCUGACCCUUGUUCUUGACAUUUAUUUUAUUUUUUAUUUUUUGGCGGGGUGGGGGUCCCCUCACACUCGGUUGUUGGUGCCAUUUCGGAACUGUCUAUAGGUGAAAUUGCUGCUGUGUUUUGGGAUAUGACAGUGUGUGUGUGUGUGUGUGUGUUUGUGUGUGUGCGUGUGUGUGCGUGUGUGCGCGUGUUGUAAGAUUACAUUUGCAAGAUGGGAUCAACAUAGCAUUUUAAAAACAACAACUCCGUUUGGAUUCACGGGUCUCUCGCCGUCGCUCUAACAGCUAAAGGCGAGUCUGUCAAACUCAGCUCGGAGUUGAGUUUUUUUGAUGCUAUUACAUCCAUGUGUGUGUUUGAACGGCGUCCCAGCGUAGCCUCUCCGUCUCCUUCCCUGCCUCUUCCUCGACUCCGUCACCUCAGCAGGACUCUGAACUUUAGUUUUUCUGUCCUCCCAAUGCUUUAGGAAUAUAUUAUGGAUCAUCAGUGUCCACUGUCCACACUCACCCUACAGUUUCUUUUUCUCUCUUCAAACCCAUCUCCAUAGUUGGAACUUAAAAAAUACAGACUGAGAGACAGGACUCUUCACUUCCUCUUUUUAUUUUAAUUUUUAAUUUUUUUUGCACAAGUGUAUUACUCAGAUAGUACACCACAACUCAGUAUUAAUGUUCUGCAUAGAUUUAAAAGAAUUAUGGCAUAUGCUCCUUCCAUUAAUUGGCCCAUUACAGUAGGUGGAUGGAGGAGUUUAGUCAGAAAUCAGGAAAGUGAUCAGGCUGCUUUCAAAUCAUGGAUUUGGAACUAAAAACCAGGCAACCACCAGUUUGUUUUUAUUUUAGCACACGUUGAAAUUUUGUUUCCUAGCAAACGAGUACAAAAUAAUAAAAUACAUUUGUUUUGUUCCUUAUGUGGAACUCUCUAUAAGCGCUCCAAAUGCAACAUCUUUUUUUCGUUCAGGGAAAAAAAAAAUGAAUUAGUAAACCCCUCUGCUCCCAGUCCACAUACAGCUGGUAUGUGUUCAUGGAGAAUCUGGCAGCGAGCAGCUCUUCGACACGGAGAACACAACAUGUCUGUGAUGGGGUUUUUUAACGACAUAAAUUGGAGAAAAUGUCGCAUUCUGAUGAAAGUGUCCCUUACAGUAUCUGUCUGUAACUCCGCCCCCCGUGAAUGCAAUAAGAGAGAUGUGAAUGUGUUUGAGGUAGACAUCUUUUUUCCUUUUUUCUUUUUUUUUUUGGCAUUAUG